AUGAAGCGAGAGGUAUGUCCUCGUCAAGUCGUCAGCCGGUGCUUGUCUGACGUCUUUGCAGCAGGACCGUCUCACACACACGUCGUUGUAGACCCUUCGACCUCCAAAGACAUUCGACAGCAUGUACAUGCGCUCACAGCUUCCGAACUCCUUUCCACCGCAUCUCCCCGUUGCUUCUCCACAUUCUCCAGUGCACUCGACGGACUGAUAGAGAGGUCCCUGACUGGGUCCUUUUCUGAAAAUGGCAACGCCGAUGGGGAGGGACGUAGGCUGGCCAAGCGGGGAAGGCAUCACGGCGCGAUCAGUCCAGGUAUGGUAGUGGAAAUAUCUGGUCCCCCCGGGGGCGGUAAGACGGUCCUAUCGAUAGCUCUCGUGUUGAGUGCUCGGAUUGGGGCACUGGAAACUUCGGCGGCGCCAUCAGGACAAUUUGGUCAGACCAAAGGAGAGGUACUCAUCAUAGACACCGAGGGUUCUAUAACUCCCGAGCGGCUACUCCACGCGGCUCAGGCGGCUGUUCGUGCUUCAGAAAUCUCACCUGUCUCAAUCCUCGACGGUAUUCAUUUAAUCCGGGUAGCGACACAAGUACAGAUGGUAGCUUUGUUACACACUCUGGACGAGUGGUUGGACAGUCAUCCAGCUACCGAACUCGUCGUCUUUGACACUCUCAGUUUUCACUUUCGACAUCCAGGUUUAGACCUCGGCGUCAAAAGACGUCUCAUGGAACUGGCCAAACAAGAGAUAGCUCGAGCGUCGACUAUGCACGGCUGCGCGGUGGUGGUCAAUAACCAGCUGGCUACCAAGCUUUUGACCGCCGAGAAUAAGCCGGCGAAUUUUGAUACGGGAGAUAGAGCCGUUUUAAUGCCUCAGCUAGGUGAUAGCUGGGCCACUUCCAAAGCUCUACGUUUAGUCCUGUUCCGAGGAGGCCUAAAUGACGAUCAACGUCAUGCUCACGCUUCAACCGCAGACGGUCACGGCCAUGUGCCGUGGGUCAAAUUUGACAUUGACCUAGAUGGUCUGCCUUGUGACACGCACGACUCUUUAUAAGCUGGAUUACUCGUCCAUAACUCCACUUCAUGCAUUUAGAUUUUGGCAAUGCU